AUGAAGCCACUGAGUUUAAGACCGCGAGCAAGCAAAGACUGGGAGUCAUGGUUUGAGUAUGUGGAAACGUGGCUGGCAGAGAAGGGGCGCCGGCCCACGCGAUUCCAGCGACUACUGGUAGUGAAACAACUUCAGUUCUGCCGUGAACAAAGCGUUUCUCAAUACAUCUUGAAAUUCCCAAACGACCAAGGUUGGGCAAUUCCGAUUGCAGCAAGAGAAGGACAACGUCAAUUUGAUCUGUACAACCGCCUGCAUUCUAUUGACUCGAAACUGAUAUCUAUUGAGAGCCUCGACACUGCCAGGUUUGCACAGGCAAACUCACUUAUCAACUUGGCCGCAGAAGGGAGCACUUUGGUCUCUGAUCAGGAUCUGAAGAACGCGACCGCUUCGCUGGAGGAACUUCUAGGGCACCUCUUGGCUCGUGGUAGGCUAGACAUAGCAUAUCAUACACAGAAUGCCCUGGGACAUGCGGCGUGGAAAAGGUUCAAAGUCUUUGGCUCACUUGAGCCAUGGGAUGCUACCCAAUGCUGGACCGCAGCACAUGAGUUGAGUAUUGAACUUCGUCUGGAAUAUGCAGCUCUAAGUGCAUCCGAGUCAUUUCCAGCCAAGGAAGCCCUUUCAAAGUUGCUCGUGCAGUCUCAAUUAUACCAACUUGCAUUGAUGGCGUGGGUUGAAUCAAUCAAGGUUUACUACACCUCGGAUAAAAAGGCCCUAUAUGACGAGCAAAAGAGAUUAUGGCAAAUCAACAGCGAUCUGUACCUCUGGAUCCAAAGAUGCAAAGCCCGAACGCUGCUUGAAUCUCUCGGUCUGACGCAAGAGCCACCUUCGACUGUUCUUCAAACCAUUCGUCAGAAUAUGGACAUGAAUGCUGACUGGGAGAGACUGAACUCUCUCAUGGCAAGCGUUGCUACAAGCAGCCCAUUACAAAGGAUCACUCUGCGGGAGCAGAUCAAGGCGACAACCAAUACUCUUCGCAAUAGAGACGCAUCCGUCAAGUCCUUCCUGGACCUGCGAGAGGGUCGCCCAAUGAGCGUCAAUGAGCUCCUCCAACUUCGACAGGAGCUGGGUCCUUCCGUGGUCAUAGUCGAAUGGGUCGAACUAACACCAAAUUCAUAUGAUCUAUACGAUAUUCUGAUGGUGGUGUAUCAGCCAGGAUCGCUUGUCACACCUGGUGCCAUUGGUCACUUCAAGCAAGCAGACGUGGAAAAAUGGAUCAAUGAGUGUCUAAGUGUCGACGAUUUCGCAGAUCCGACGCGUAAAGAGUAUCCGCUCGCUCAUACAGACGCAAGGAAGGACCUGAAUGUGUUACGGCCCCUGGUCGAACAGUUAAAGCAGUUGACCAAGCCUGGGGACACACUCGUUUUCUGUCCUACGGGCCAGCUUCACCGUCUCCCUCUUCACGCCAUUACAUUUGAUGGGAUGCCUCUGAUACAGCGCAAUCCAAUCGUCUAUAUUCAAAGUCUGUCGUUACUGCGUCUCUGUCGUGAGGCUAUGAAAGCUCCCAUUACAGUGUCAAAAGAUACUGCCUCUCCCUUCCGUGCGGCUGUGUUCAAUACCUUGCGAGCCGACCUGCCUGAAUCCCAGCAAACCAUUUCAGAACGUCUGUCUACACUGACCGAGAAAAUUCCAAAUUGCACACAUGUUGACUCCUCGAACUUUACAAAUGACCGCAAAGGCCUGUUCCAAUCCCAAUGUGCAGUCUCGAACGUCGUGCACAUUCACGGUCAUUCUGACUUUACUGACGCUCCUGGUUUCACCGACGGAUCCCAGCAGUGUCUCAAUCUUAGUGAACAUCAAGCAGACGACCUCAGCCUAGAUGACGUUUUCUCCGGUAUCCGUUUCAAGCAGCCAAGUAUUGUUCUAUCUAUGGGCUGCCGAACUGGUCGCUCGCGUAUCUCUGCGGUGAAUGAUUUAUUAGGUCUUACAGCAGCGUUUCACUUUGCCGGUGCUGGCGCGGUCAUUGGAGCACUGUGGAAGGUUUCACAGGAGGAUGUUCUACGAUUCGCGGAAGCAUUUUAUGGUGAACUUGUGCAUGGACUUGACCGCGCUGCCGAGGAGACAGAUUCCGAGAGCCAGACUAAGAUCAUUGAUCUAGCAAAAGCUUAUCAACAUGCUGUCUUGACUGUUCGGAAGGAUGUGAAUAGGAAAGUAAAAAAGCCUUAUCAUUGGGCUGGGCUUGUUUUCCAUGGAUCUUGGCUUCUUGGAUGCAAAUAA